AUGAUGAUGAGUUCGAUUUGGGGAGUUGUGGUUUGUUUUUUGAUGAGUGUCAAAUGGGUUCUUAAAAGAGCAAAUUGGUGGUUGUAUGAGAGAAAACUUGGUGAAAAGCAGUACUCUUUGCCUCCAGGAGAUCUGGGGUGGCCUCUGAUUGGCAAUAUGUGGUCUUUUCUUAAAGCUUUCAAGUCAUCUAAUCCUGAAUCGUUCAUGGAAAGUUAUGCCAAAAGAUAUGGGCGUACUGGAAUCUACAAAGCAUUCAUGUUUGGGGAGCCGAGUGUGAUAGUAACAAAGCCAGAAACGUGCAGAAGAGUAUUAAUGGAUGAUGAUGGGUUUAAGGCCGGCUGGCCAAUCGCCACUGUGAAACUGAUGGGGGAGAAGUCAUUCAUUCGCACUGACAUUUCGACUGAAGAACACAAGCGUCUCCGCCGUUUGACUGCUGCUUCAAUCAAUGGCCACGAAGCAUUAUCUGCGUACUUAGAAUAUAUUGAAGAAAGUGUCAAAUCCGCCCUGGACAAAUGGGCCAAAAUGGGACAAAUCGAGUUCUUAACUCAACUCCGAAAGCUCACUUUCAGGAUAAUCAUGUGCAUUUUUCUUAGCUCUGAGAGUGAGCAUAAAAUGGACGCUUUAGAGAGGGAAUAUACAGCUUUUAACUACGGGAUUAAAGCCAUGGCAAUUAAUAUUCCAGGAUUUGCCUACAAUAAAGCUCUUAAGGCUCGGAAAAAUAUAGUGGCUGUGUUACAAUCCAUACUGGCCGAGCGAAGAAAUCAGAGGAAGGACGAGAAUAAUUUGCAGAAAAAGAAAGACAUGAUGGAUGCACUUCUCGAUGUUGAAGAUGAAAAUGGCAGUAAAAUGGAAGACGAGGAAAUCAUUGAUAUUUUUGUGAUGUAUUUGAAUGCAGGCCAUGAAUCUUCUGGUCAUACAAUGAUGUGGGCUACUAUUUUGUCGCAACAGCACCCAGAAUUUUUACAAAAAGCUAAGGAGGAGCAAGAGAGGAUUGUUAAAAAGAGGCCAUCUGCUCAGAAGGGCUUGAGUCUUAAAGAAAUUCGAGGAAUGACAUAUCUUGACAAGGUGAUUGAUGAAACACUUCGUGUUGUGACAAUCUCAGUCAAUGUUUUUCGAGAGGCAAAAGAAGAUAUCAACUUAAAUGGCUACAUGAUUCCGAAGGGUUGGAAAGUUUCGGUAUGGUUCAGAAGUGUUCAUUUCGACCCUGAAAUUUAUCCGAAUCCAAAAGAAUUCAAUCCUGAGAGAUGGGAAGGCUAUACUGCAAAAGCUGGAAGUUUCCUUCCAUUCGGAGCAGGAAGCAGGCUGUGCCCUGGAAAUGAUUUGGCCAAACUUGAAGUUGCUGUAUUUCUUCACCAUUUUCUCAUGAAUUAUCGGCUCGAGCGACUUAAUCCAAGAUCUUCCCUGAUAUAUUUACCCCAUUCAAGGCCCAAAGAUAAUUGCUUGGCAAGAGUCAGGAAAUCAUCUUCAGCUAUGUUAAAAAUAUGCGAGGUUAAAUAA